AAGUUAGUUCGACUCGGUUUUUAGUAGUCGAGGUCUACCACGUGCUUUCCCCCAUCGAAAUCCGUACCGAAUCGAUCGGAGUAUCCGCAGUUUACGUGUUACCCGGCGUCUGAGUUUUUAACCAACAGUUCACGCUGCGAAAGUAUUCGUAGUAAACACGAACGCAGUUAUAUCAUAAAAAAUUAACUAUUUAUCAUCAAAUAUGAGUGUGUUAAACUUAUUGUUCAAUGGAACACCAUCCAGUAUGAUGAACCACAGGGGUCAAUAGCAAAAAAUUCAAAUAAGAUUCGUUACCAUACCUAUCCUUUUUUUAAAAUAAUUUCAUAAAUACAAAAUAAAUCAAUUUUUUGAGAUCAAAAACGAAAAAAUAAUGGAACCAUAUUCAACUGCACUCUAUUGGAUUGUUAUUGUGGGCUUCAUUAUUGCCUUCGCCCUUGCUUUUGGUAUUGGGGCCAAUGACGUCGCUAAUUCAUUUGGAACAAGCGUUGGCUCAAAAGUGCUCACCCUCAUGCAGGCAUGUGUUUUGGCCACUAUAUUCGAAAUUGCUGGAUCUGUACUUAUUGGUUACAAAGUAUCGGAUACAAUGCGAAAAGGUAUCUUAGACAUAACAAUGUACAAAGACGAAGAAGUCCUGUUAAUGUUAGGCUGUUUAAGCGCGUUGGCUUCAAGCGCAGUUUGGCUUUUGGUUGCAACAUUUUUCAAGUUACCAAUUUCUGGAACACACAGCAUAGUUGGGUCAUCAAUAGGUUUUAGUUUAGUUGCAAAAGGAACUAAAGGCUUACAUUGGAAUACUUUAUUUACAAUAAUUGGAUCUUGGUUUAUCUCACCUGUACUUAGCGGAAUUACCUCAUUACUUGUAUAUUGGAUAAUAAAAAAAUUAAUUUUAUCAAAAAAAGAUUCUUUUGAGGCCGGCCUCUUAGCUUUACCAAUUUUCUACGGAUUAACUAUAAUUAUAAACGUAUUUUCGAUUAUCCAUGAUGGACCCAAAUUACUUUACAUGGAUAAUAUACCAAUGUGGAUCGCAAUUGUUGCAAGUUUAUGUAUCGGAAUUAUUACAAUAAUCGUCGUAAGGCUCUUUGUUGUCCCAUGGCAAAAGAAGAAAAUUAUGAGGGACAUUCAGCGAGAAAACGCCGUCAAUUUUAAUAUUGGAGAAUCAUGCGAUCCUACUCCAGAGGGAAGUCCAAAACGAUCAAAUCGUAAUUCUCAUAUAAGCGAUCGUCAAAUAACGGUAAUAACGGAAGCGAAUGAAAUGCUUCCCAUGGACAAAAGCACAAAAAAAUACGUGUUCCCGUUUAGUAAUUCCGAUAAAAACGGUUAUACCCCUGCUAAUGGUAAUAAUCAAAUCGUCGAAAGUGUGAUGACACCAAAUUCAAGCGCAGUACCCCUCAUCGUUAGCCAAGUAAAGAAGAGUAAUGGAAACGGGGAUGUUGAAAUGCAAGAAAUUGGAGAACAAGAAACACCUCAAGUAUCGAAACUUUUUAGUUUCUUGCAAAUUUUGACAGCUAUAUUUGGGAGUUUUGCCCAUGGAGGAAAUGACGUCAGUAAUGCCAUUGGUCCAUUGAUUGCUGUUUGGUUAAUUUUUAAAGAAGGUUCUGUGGAACAAAAAUCUGAAACACCUUUUUACCUCUUAAUUUAUGGUGGAGUUGGAAUCUCCGUUGGUUUAUGGCUGUGGGGCCGCAGGGUCAUACAAACUAUUGGUGAAGAUCUCACUAAAAUUACACCUUCUACCGGUUUCACAAUAGAAAUUGGAGCAGCAUUUACAGUAUUAUUUGCAAGUAAAAUUGGAUUACCAAUCUCGACUACUCAUUGUAAAGUAGGUUCUGUAGUAUUCGUCGGAUAUUUUAGUUCUUCAAAGAAGGGCGUUGACUGGCACUUGUUUAGGAAUAUAAUUUAUGCCUGGGUAGUAACGGUGCCUGUUGCGGCUUUGCUCUCAGCUGGUUGCAUGUUUCUGUUACAAAAUGUUGUCAGCUAUUAAUUAUUUAAUUGUUUCCAAAACAAAAAUUAUUUAAAAAAUAAUAUAAGAAUUAAAGCCGUUACGUCAGGAUUAAUUAAUUCAAUAAAGUAUCUACUUUUUCGUACAUACACUGUUAUAGUUUUUACAAAAAAAAAAUACUACGGUACUUCUCACCUUGCCCAGGCAAAUAAAUAUACCCAAAAAACAAAAGGAAUCUGUGAUCUUUAAAAGAAUAAAUUUGCCGUUAAACCGG